AUGGGUUACAGAGACGCUUUAUAUAACAAAACUAACUACAACUCUCGUGGUGGUGACUUCCGUGGUGGUAGAUCCUCCGAUAGAAAUGACUACAACAGAGACAGAAACCAAGGUUACUCCCAUGGUGGUCUAAGAGGUCGUCACGAUGAUGGUCCAAGAGAAUUAAUCAAGCCAGAUUGGGAAUCCGAACUUCCUAAUCUGCCUCCUUUUGAAAAGAACUUUUACGUUGAGCAUGAAGUUGUUCGUAACAGAUCUGAUCAAGAAGUUGCUCAAUUCAGAAAGGAAUCUGAAAUGACCAUUACUGGUCACGACAUUCCAAAGCCUAUCACUACUUUUGAUGAAGCUGGUUUCCCAGACUACGUUUUAAAGGAAGUUAAGGCUGAAGGUUUCGACAAGCCAACUAGUAUUCAAUGUCAAGGUUGGCCUAUGGCUCUUUCUGGUAGAGAUAUGGUUGGUAUUGCUGCUACUGGUUCCGGUAAGACUUUGUCCUACUGUUUACCAGGUAUUGUUCACAUCAACGCACAGCCACUUUUGAGUCCAGGUGAUGGUCCAAUUGUCUUGGUUCUAGCUCCAACCAGAGAACUUGCUGUUCAAAUUCAAAAGGAAUGUUCCAAGUUUGGUAAGAGUUCUAGAAUUAGAAACACAUGUGUUUACGGUGGUGUUCCAAGAGGUCAACAAAUCAGAGAGUUGAUUAGAGGUGCUGAAAUUGUCAUUGCUACCCCAGGUAGAUUGAUUGAUAUGCUUGAAGCAGGUAAGACUAACUUGAAGAGAGUUACUUAUCUGGUUUUGGAUGAAGCCGACAGAAUGUUGGAUAUGGGUUUUGAACCUCAAAUCAGAAAGAUUGUAGACCAAAUUAGACCAGACAGACAGACUUUGAUGUGGUCGGCUACCUGGCCUAAGGAAGUUCAGCAAUUGGCUAGGGACUAUCUAAAUGAUCCAAUCCAGGUUCAAAUUGGUUCUCUAGAAUUGGCUGCUUCUCACAACAUUACACAAUUGGUUGAAGUUGUUUCUGAGUUUGAGAAGAGAGACAGAUUGGUUAAACAUCUAGACACUGCUUCUCAAGACAAGGAAUCCAAGAUUUUAAUCUUCGCUUCUACCAAGAGAACUUGUGACGAAAUUACAUCUUACUUGAGACAAGAUGGAUGGCCAGCUCUUGCCAUUCAUGGUGACAAAGAUCAAAGGGAAAGAGACUGGGUUCUAAAUGAAUUUAGAACUGGUAACUCCCCAAUCAUGGUUGCAACAGAUGUUGCUGCCAGAGGUAUUGAUGUCAAGGGUAUCAACUUCGUUGUUAACUAUGAUAUGCCAGGUAACAUUGAGGAUUAUGUGCACAGAAUUGGUAGAACUGGUAGAGCUGGUGCCACUGGUACCGCUAUUUCUUUCUUCACCGAAGAUAACAAAUCUCUAGGUGCCAGUUUGAUCUCGAUCAUGAGAGAAGCUAAGCAAAACAUUCCUGAAGAACUAAUGAAGUAUGACAGAAGACCUCGUGGUCCUCACCCAAGAUACGGUGGUGGUUACGGCCGUGGUGGUCGUGGUUACGGUGGUGGCCGUGGUGGUUACGGUGGCCGUGGUGGUGGUCGUGGUGGCCGCGGUGGUUUUAACAGAUCUAGAGACGGUGGUUGGGGUAACAGAAGAUAA